AUGCAUGAUCGGCGUGAUCGAACGAGUUGGGCCUACCAGCUCCCCCCAAACCUUGCGCCCCCCAUUCCUUACGCCGAAUCCAGUGGCGUUCCAGCAUGUCCAACUUCCUCUUCACACAUGCUCUCCUCCCCGCUCGCUUUGAUACCCCCCUCAUACCAUCACCAACAUUCUCAGCAGCGCCUCUCAACUAACGCUACUAAUACGACCACUUUACUGCCAUCAUUCCGGUGCGCUCCUUCCAAUCACGAAUAUAGGAACGAGCAGGAGUGUGCUCAUCAGCACCAACGUCAACAUCAAGAACAGCUCUCUCAUCAAGUGGCUUCAUUACCCCCCUCGUUCACUAUGAUGUCAGAGACUUGGUUUGGCUUGGUUCAAACACCACGCGAUGCCUACUUACUGUUGGAGGCUUGCCGUGUCGGGAAGUUGCACCGAAUUACUCGGCGGUUAACUGACUUGGAGCGUAGUCAGAUCAUUCGUCCUGGCGCUGUCUUUGUGUGGGAGGAAAAAGAGGCCGGCAUUAAACGCUGGACAGACCAUGUCCGAUGGAGUCCAUCCAGAGUAUCAGGCGCAUUUUUGGUUUACUCAGAGCUUCUUUCUGCUGCAACUCGCGAUUCGCACACACACGUUUCGGACCCGCUGCUCAAACAAUCCUUUUCCUCCACUACUCUAGAUGGAGACCGACUGCACUUGAUCGCGUACUACUCGAAGUCCGCGUUGGACUCCAGGCAGUUACGUACACCAACCGGGGACGAUAACCUACGGUCAAUUGUGGUGCCUACUGGUGUCUAUCCGGAUCAUCGAGCAACCGGAGGUGUUGAAGACCAAGCCACCAGGGAUCGCCAACGAUCUAGUCGGCUCCCCCGCAGUUCUGUCGGCUCCUUUGAAACUUCACAUUCUAUUCCUUCAUCUAGCUCGCUGGAAUCCGUGACAUCCUCUCUAGACACUCCCCAUCUCCAUCCCGCUACUCCGACACAGCUGGGCGAGUUGUCUUAUCACCGUCCUCCCCUCUCUGGAGUAUCACAUCUGCACACUGCGCGCUCGCUUUCAGAUACGAGAGGUUCCAGCGAGUUCAAGUAUGGGCACCAGCCUGACUACUACAGCUCGUUUUACCCUCAAUCCCUGGCGCCCAGCGUCACCGACAGACAAACAAUGCCGUCUGAUUCGACCCGAUGGGAAUCUUUUCCACCGAACUUAUCAACCUGGGAAGCAAAUACAGGAACCUCCGCUGCCACAUCCGAGUCUGUUUCAUACCCUAGCGUUACCACUACCACUCCCAUCGCCUCGGGACUCAACAGUCCGAAUACUUCGAGUAUAUCUGCUUUGGGGGUCUGGGGUGAUGAACUGGACCGCGACAGAACUGAAAAAAGAAUAUCGGCACCCAUAACACAUCCCUUAGCCACCCAUCCUAGUAUGUUGGGGAGCAGUAACAGUCAUAGCUACCAUCCUUAUGCGCGCAUCUCAGACCGGGAGCGCCCUUACAGAGAUCGCCGGCUGGAAGGUAAAACCACGCGCGGAGUUUCAUGCGACCCAGCAACAGCACCAGCAACUCCUCUAGAUCGAAUUUACGCGUUACCAUCAUUGCAUGCUAAAAACAAUGAUAGCCCACCUCUGGCAUCAUCCAAUACUCCUACUCCAAGCACCCUGGCGGGUGUUGGGGAGGAGAUUCCCCAAACUAGCUACACCUGA